GAUCAGAGUCUGAUAUUAUAAUUAUAGAUUCAGAAUUAGUUACAAUGGAAACAAGUUAUGUGCCUAUAAUUCCACUACUUGUUUUCACUACCUUGUGUUCAUAUGUUUCAGCAACUAAUGGUUUCAAUAAUUUGCAUAAAGGAUUGCAAUUCCUUCCCUCUGGGCUUAAGAGUAAUGACUAUAGAGGAUACUACUAUGGUGUAAUACCAAGAGCUUUCAGGCCUGGGUUUCCUGAGGUAAGAGAUGUGGCAGCCAAGUCAUAUAAACAGGAAAUAUAUGUUGCCAAGGAUGGCAGCGGUGAUACUAAUAGUGUACAAGCUGCAGUGGAUAUGGUUCCACAGAAUAACAGACAACCAGUGAAAAUUUUCAUCCGGGCAGGAGUUUACAGGGAGAAGGUGUUGGUGCCCACCCACAAGCCAUACAUAAGUUUUAUAGGACAAGGAAGGAGUGUGACGAUUAUUACAUGGCAGGAUAGAGCAUCGGACAAGGGAGUGAAUGGGCAAGUGAUAGGCACUUUAGAUUCUGCCUCCGUCGCCAUUGAAGCUGAUUAUUUCUCUGCAACACACAUCACAUUUCAGAACACGGCCUUGUUCGUGAACAUGCGAGGCGCAGAAGGAUCACAGGCGGUGGCUCUGCGCGUGACAGGAGACAAAGCUUCCUUCAUCGGCUGUGGAAUGGUGGGAUAUCAAGACACAUUGUUCGAUCAUAUGGGCAGGCAUUUUUUUCUCAACUGUUUCAUCCAAGGCUACGUAGACUUCAUAUUUGGGAGUGGGAGGUCACUUUACAAGGGAUGUCACCUGCACGUAAAAGGGGGAGGAUAUGGAGCCGUGGCUGCUUCUCAGCGUAAUUCUCCAAGUGAGAAGUCGGGAUUUUCUUUUGUGAACUGCAAAGUGACAGGAGGAGGAGGAGAAUCAUCUACGGGCAUGACGUACCUGGGGCGUGCAUGGGGUCGCUAUGCUCUCACCGUAUUCAUCUACUGCCAGUUUGACAACGUCGUCAUGCCUAUGGGUUGGAGUGACUGGGAAGAUCCUUCUAGAAGAUGGACUGCCUUCUUCGCAGAAUAUGAGUGCAGUGGUCCUGGAUAUGUGCCUAUGCAACGUGUGAAAUGGGCAAAGACUUUGAGUUAUACACAAGCAUUGCCUUUCAUGGGAACACAAUUCAUUGACGGUGACGACUGGCUAGAUCUUCACAAUUAAUGGUCAUGCCUCACAAGUUUGUCUUUGUUGUAAUGGAACUGUGAAACUUGAGAUCUCUUGUUCCAAGGUUCUUCAACUAUUCCUUGUUUGGAGUAUUUCCUUGCAAUCUAGUUGUACCUUGAAUAACCACCAACUCUAAUA